GCUGGGCGUGCGGCCUAUUGUAAUGAAGUGAUUUUCAAUUCGCUGGUUCAGCUCAUUCAGUCACUAAUGAUUGCUAGAUAGAUAUAUAUUUGUAAGUAACCGGAGAGGAAGAAACGAGAGAUUAAAUCAAGAUGCCGACUCCAGGAGUCGAAUCCACUGGACCAGGUGGCGGCAAGUUCUUGAAAUCAAAAAUAACCAUAACUGGUGUUUAUGUACUCAUCGGUGCUAGUACUGUAAUUUAUCUCGCCCUUUUGCAAUUUUGGAAUAGUGGCAGCUCAACAGGUGGUCAGUUUGAUACUGCAUAUUACAACCAAUCCAGCUCUAAGACGCAGAUGGUGGGGCUAGCCAAGGUCGUUGCACAGUACAGGACAGGAACGAGAGAAAUAGAACAGGAAAUCGGAGCUUUACCGCAAGCAUGUCAUGGUCCUUUCUCAUGCACGAAACCGCUAUGUCCAGACUCUGAUAUACCAGGACUAGUUGGGCAGAGGAAACUAAAUUUGAGCGAAAUAUCAAUAGCCCACGCAGAGGAACAAAUUUUUGGACCCUCUGCGGGAAAAGUUCGGACCUCUGUGAAACGAGCCAAUGAGAUUCUUCUGAAGAAACUCGUCGAUCCCAAGACUGGAAAAAUUACGAACGUUGAUUGGCUCUUCGAUCAAGUCCUUGACCCGGAUGCAAUGAAUAUAAGCAAUUAUUGGUAUCUUCCGGGUGGACAUUGGAAACCAAUGAAUUGUUUACCGAGAUGGAAGGUUGCUAUUUUAAUACCAUUCCGAAAUCGCUUCCAGCAUCUUCCAAUUAUUCUGCAAUACUUGACACCGAUGCUUCAGAAGCAGCUACUCGAAUUCAGCUUCUUUAUUGUGGAGCAGGCUAACCAGGAACUCUUCAACCGCGCGAUGCUCAUGAACGUCGGGUUCCUCGAAUCACUUAACUUCACCGACUACGAUUGUUUUGUCAUCCAUGACGUCGACCAUGUACCCAUCGAUGAGCGUAAUUACUACGGCUGUUCCAGUAUGCCCAGGCAUUUUAUCUCCGGGUCUGAUAGAUGGAAUUACAAAUUACCGUAUAAAGAUUUCUUCGGAGCCGUCACUGGUCUUACUAAAGCCAACAUCCGAAGCAUCAACGGCUUCCCUAACGUUUACUGGGGGUGGGGUGGUGAGGAUGAUGAAAUAUACCGAAGGGUCAUGGACGCUCACCUCAAAAUCACCCGCGAUAAAGGAGACAUCACCCAAUAUAACGUCAUUAAACAUCAUCACAAAAGCGCACCCGCGGCAAAAGACAGAUUGGCUCUUUUGAGCACAUACAAACGUCGAAACGGAAUGGAUGGAUUGUCGAACAUCGUUUAUCCGACCCCCGUGUACGACCUCCAUACUCUUUACACUAACGUCAGCGUCGACAUCAAGAGGAUCAAACCACAUCAUCCAACGCCAGCGCCAAAGGCUGGUAAACUAGCCAAAAAGAUAACCAUUGCUGGACCGGCGAUGAAAGGAGGCCGCAAAGAGCCAAAGACAUCGGGCCGGAAGUAGUCCGCAAGCCCGUUAUAUACAGGCCUCCAGCAAAAGCGAAGAAGGAUCCCCCGUCUAAUACCAGACGGGCAAGGAAGGAAAGAAGAAUAGCCACAAAGAUUGUGAAAGAGAAAAGACUGGAGGGGACGAAUCUUUUAAAUUUUAAUCGAGAAAACAGCCCAGUGAUUUGUCUCACUGAAACUUGGUUGCACCAGUCUCCAGACUCUCAUCUACACAUUGAUCUGCUCACCAACAAUCAACAAGAAGAAACAAAGUGUGGGGUAGGUAUUUACCAAACAGUGCUCUUAUAGGGUGAAGGUUUCACACAAAUUCGUCAACUGCUAUAUUUGGGUUUUUUAAUAAAUUAGUUACAAUUAUUGUUCCCCUAUUUUGUAUUUGUUCACCAAAAUAUAAUUUUUACCUUUUCCUAUGUAAAAAGGAAACAUGUGACCCCUCCCCCCCCCCCCCCCCCCGCGAGCACCGCCUAUGCCUGUCAAGAAUAUUUUUAUUUAUAUAGUUAUAGUUAAAUAUACUUA